AUGCAACCAACGCCCCCUCCCAUGGAAAUCAUGUGGGACAACCGUUGCUUGUCUCGCCUUUGGGAUCAGAUGGGCCACCAACCUCGUAUUUUAAUCUGGAAUGUCAAAGAAAAACAGCUGAUGCACGAAUGUCGAGCUCAUAAAUUUGGUAUCCUAUCGCUGGCUUUUGCACCAAAUAUGCGAUAUCUGGUCUCCAUCGGGUUUCAGCAUGAUGGAUAUCUCUACGUAUGGCAUUGGCGAAAAGGUAUCAAAUUAGCUGGCAAUAAAGUCACGAGCAAAGUCAACGCAUUGUCAUUCUCCCAAGACGGCACCUACUUUGUCACUGCAGGUCUUCGGCAUGUCAAGUUUUGGUAUUUGGAUGCACGUGGACGCCUCCCCAAGCGAGGCAAUUUGGCAUCAAGGGAAACACAAGUGCUUGACGGAAGAUCCGGGAUUCUCGGCGCUCUAAGAGAAAGCAAUUUUGUGGAUGUUGGUUGUGAUCGAGGCAAAUCCGAACGCGUUUACUUUUUGACCGACAAUGGGAUUCUAUGCAUGUUUAAAGAGGGCCGAGUGAUUGAUAAAUGGGUGGAUUUGCAGGUAAAAUCAGCUUACUCUAUUUCCGUGACGUCGACCUAUAUCGUAUGCGCAUGUGCAGAAGGCAUCAUCAGGUUAUUCGAACCCUUGACAUUGAAAUACUGUGGCAUGCUUCCGAAACCGCAUCCAUUAGGUGUGGAUAUUAGCGCGAUCAGUUCACCCGACAUGAUUCGAUCCGAUAAAACCACUCAUUAUCCAGAUGCCUUUGCUGUUGCCUUGGACGAACGAACCGGAAAGAUCACCGUGGUUUAUUCCGAUCGUAGUUUGUACGUAUGGGAUGUCAAAGAACUGAAAAAGAUUGGAAAAUACCGCAGCUUCAUUUCGCACAGUGACUGUAUCUGGGGCGUGGAGCCAUGCCCCAUGAUAACGCAUGGCACCUCUCAGAUACCCCCUUUUUCGUUUGCUACCUAUUCCAGCGACGGUACGGUGCGUUUCUGGAACUUGGAUCAGCCAUCGAUGGUGGCUUCCUCUUCUUCAUUAUCGCCAUUUGCUUCCCACUCCAGCUCUCCGUUGUCCCCUCCUGCCAUCGAUAAACCCAGCCCAACCUCGAGCAAUACAAACAGUGCGCCUCUCCAUCGAAAAAAUAUCUAUUCACGCGAGCUUAUCAAGAUGUUGUACGUUGAUCCGGACGCCGCCGAGUUUGCUAAAUUGAAACGCGAUGUCGAACUCGCGGAGGAUCAGUAUCCUGAUUUCGGUAUUCGGUCCCUCAAAAUGAGCAACGACGGACAGCUUCUGGCCACCGGCGAUCGGAAUGGCAAUCUUCGCGUUCAUCACACAGAUACUUGGGAUCAGAUCACAUAUCAAGAAGCGCAUGACUCGGAAAUCUUGUCCAUUGACAUUACCAAUCUUGAUCAACCGGAUAUACCUCAUCUUAUUGCUACUGCAAGUCGAGAUCGAUUCAUCCAUAUCUUUGAUGUAAGCACGGAUUUUCAACUGGUGCAAAGUUUGGAUGACCAUUCGUCUUCCAUCACGGCCGUCAGAUUUGCCAACGGAGCCGAAAAGCUAAUUAGCUGCGGUGCGGAUAAAGGGGUGAUAUUUCGAUCCCGGGCCGUAAAGCCACCCUCUUCCCCUUACACUACGUAUCAUAAUUACUCUGGGCGGAGCACGGUAUUCGACAUGGCAUUGGAUCUGCACGCUCGGUAUAUUGCGACGGUGACGGGCGAACGUCGGCUGUACCUUUUCAACGUGGAAUCCGGCAAACCGUUCCGAACCUGUAAACCCGAAACUCCCGAAGAGAUCGCCAAAAGCACGUCGUCAGAAAAUUCAGGAGGCAGUCUAAUUAACAUCGACAUUGACCCGUUUUCCGGGACCUUUGCCGUGACAAGCGGUUCUGACCGAUGUCUGCGGUUAUUUGAUCUCACCAACAGUACCUGCAUCGAAAAGGCUUGUGCGCACGCCGAACUGAUCACUUGCGUGAAAUUCAUUCGAACCGCCACGGACGACCUGCGUAUCCUCAGUACUUGCUCGGACGGCACCGUCUUUGUUUGGAAAGUCGGUCAAGACAUUGUGGCGCGAUCCAAAGCGCGGGCCAAUGAGCGUGAAUUCAAACUAAAGCAAGCGGCAGCCUUGGGAGCAGUGACGGACAAAGUUUACAUGAAAUCCGAUGAAGGACUGCCGGAUGACAAGCGUGCCAUGCUGUUUGGCGGAGCAGGCAAACCACGGUUGCGACGCGUGUCUACAGCGGCCAUGAUUCGCCCGACCCCUAGUCUGUCACAGAUGAUCCGACAAGGCGAACGCAAAACAUUUUCUUCCGUCUCUCCCGCCGAGCACAAAUACGAUGACCUUUACAAACGGUUUGGACAGCGUCGUAAUCGUCAUGAAGGCAGUAACGUCAAUGGAUUGCCACAGCAAGCCCCCAAUCGUCCGGACAGUUCACCACCGGUCGUUCAAUCACCCGAUGGGGUGACCAGUCCUUCAUUGCCGGUUUCUGCAGGGACAGCGCCAUCUUCACAAACAAGAAUCACAUUUGCGGAUCCUCCUAUAAAACCGACUCAGAACAGGGGCAAUCCCAUCACUUCGAGAAAGGAUUCUGCAGGCAAUCUGAGCGGACGAAAGACGCCUGAUAAACAAGGAAAACUCGAACGACUUUACAACGGCAUUCCAACCUCGGGCCGCGAACGUUUGUCCAUUCCAUCCACAUUCCAUUCACCACCCAACAGUCGAAUGGGAGGCGCAACAGCAACAACAACAUACCUGACCUCUCGACCUCCUCCUCCAUCUCGACUCCAUCCAGCGACUCGUCGACAAAUGUCACGGGAUGCGUUGUAUCGAAAAGACCAUUCUUCUUCUUCCUCCUCAGGUGAACCUUCCAGAGAAGGUCGUUUUCGGUUAACGCAACCAGAGGAUCCCACACCAAAACGUGUAUUAUCACCUCUUCAGCGAAGAGCGAGCGACUCGGGUUCGGAUCUGUCAGGAGACUCCUCCGAAGUAACGGACAGCGGUCGCAGUUCAGUAAAAUCGCCUGAAAUCCCUCUUCCGUCCAAAAAACCGGUGGUAAAAAAGCUGAGCAUGCCCGUUUUAACUGCACCCAAAGUGGAACAACAAAGUACCUCUGAUUCUUCCAAGAACUCGGCGACCGAACAUGAAGAUGAUCGAGACGAAGAACGAGAUCGUGACGAAGAGGAUGACGAUCCGGCCGAGGCCGAAGCGGAAAACGAAGAUGAGGAUGCGGAUGAACUGGAUGCUGAUGAUGAAGAAGAAGAAAUUAUUUUCAUCACGUCGCCUCCUGAGCAAGAUCAGAUUGGAGCGCCUUUUGAAGUGUCAACGCAUAACGAGGAAGUCACGAUCGGGACGGAGAGUGGCGAGGGCGAGGGCGAGGGCGAGGGCGAUAACACGAUGUACGGGCGCAAAUCGCCUGCAUGUGAACUGGAGGCCGACGGGUUGGUUGACGCUGCAAUAGAAGAACAGGAAAGUGAUUCCAAUGAGGAUGAAGCCAUCAUUGAAUCCAUAUCAUCAAGAAACGCGCCUCGCAUAAUGACUUCGUUGAGUCGGACUACCUCCAUGACGCUGCCAUUGCGCAGAAAUCAUCCAUUCAGCGACGGCAAAGGUGACAGUGGCGGACAUCAUGAUGCGGAUCAGUUAUCGUCCCAAUGUGAGCUGGACAAAACGUGUAAAGAUACAUUGGCUCUACGAGAAUUGCAGAAAAAGUUGGAAAAGGCGAGAAAACGACAAAGUUUUACUGCACGUUUCUUAUCUUCCUUGGGAGAGCGUAAGAGCUCCUCCAAGGUGCCUUUGGAUGCGGCUCUUGAUCAAUUUGACGAUAUCGCACAAGGGUUACUGGACGACCCAGCGAACCGAUUGAUGAUUCCUACGAUACCCAUUAUACCACCUAUCACCAGUCAUCCGCGAUCCUGUGCCGAUGAACCCAACCCCACCAACCCAACGUCGACAUCGACAGAGAUAAAAGAUGAAACCAAAGUCUCACCCAUCGAUGAGCCAAAGUCCCCCCAAGAAGGACCCAAGGAUGAUCAAGCCAAAGCCAUUCUCUCGGAUCUUGACGGUGCAGCUAUCUUACUGGACAGCGUGCUUGAUUUCUACAGCAACUUAUUGAGCGGUCCGGCCGAAUCUAAGGAUGAAAAACUGAUAGAAUCUAUUGAAAGGAAAGUGGCUGAAAUUACGCAAAAAAUGGCCAAAGUGAUUAGACCAGAGAAACUGCUUACUGCGGAAGAGAUCAAAACCACCAAUAUGCUGGAUGCCUAUUCUGCACGACUCAUCUCCAUGGUAGAAAGCCAAUUGUCUCUACAUAAUCGCUAA